AUGCUUGAGGUAGAGUUAUUUGACGUUAUAGACUUGAUGGGUCCAUUCUCGCAUCCUUUGGCCAUUGCCACACCAACAAAUGACGCAAAGAUAGUUUUGAAGUUUCCACAGAAACAUAUCUUUACUCGGUUUGGCACGCCUAGGGCGAUAGUAAGUGAUGAAGGUACGCAUUUUUACACUAAGUUGUUCAAUUCUCUUUUCGCUAAAUACAAUGUCAAGCACAAAUUGGCACCUGGUUUUCACCCACAAUCAAAUGGGCAAACAGAGGUAUCUAACAAAGAGAUUAAGCAGAUUUUGGAAAAGACAGUCAACACCAACUACAAGGAUUGGUCCCUCAAACUAGAUGAUGCUCUUUGGACAUACCGAAUUGCCUUUAAAAUACCAAUUGAAAUGUCAUCCUACCAUCUAGUAUUCGAAAAAGCUUGUCAUCUAUUGGUGGAAUUAGAGUAUAAAGCUUACUGGGCUGUGAAGAAGUUGAAUUUAGACAUGAAAUUGGUCGGGCCACAACGCUUGUUGCAGCUAGACGAAUUAGAGGAAUUUUGGAAUGAUGCCUAUGAAAAUGCAAAAAUAUACAAGGAACGAACAAAAUUGUGGCAUGACAAGAGAAUAUUAAGGAGGGAAUUCAAGCCAAGAGAACGAGUCCUUUUAUUUAAAUUCUGCUUGAGACUCUUUCCAGGCAAGCUUAAAUCACGGUGGUCGGGACCGUUUGUGAUUUGUAAGGUGUUCCCUUAUGGUGCAGUAGAGCUAGUGAGCAAGGAUGGGUCUAACUUCCAGACUGCUCCUUCCACCUCCAAAGGCAAGGAAAAGGUCACAAGAUCUUCUAGCACACCCCGAACACGACUUGACAAUGGGGGUAUGAGAUGGUUUCUAACAGUUCAGCAUAAAGCCAGAUUUGACAAUGUGAUUUCAAGAUGGAAAGUUUGGCCAGAACACCAAGUAAUAUUGGAAGACUUUGGAGGGUAUGAAUUGACCCGGUUAAUUAGAUUAGCAGGUUGGGAGAAGGUUGCAGGCAAACCUCAAAAGGUUUACCCUACUUUGGUGCAGGAGUUCUACGCAAAAUUUUAA